AUGCGGCAAGGAGGAGGAGGAGCCUGCAGCUUCAACCAGCCGCCGCCGCUACUGCCGCCGGCGGGAAUCAUUGUGCCAGGGACGACGACGACGACGUUACUGCCGGAGCAGCCAGUAGUUGAUGAUCAUCUCCCAGCUGCUGCUGCUGCUCCUCCAUCGGAGGAAGAGAUGGCGGCGUGGCUGUAUCCGAUCGUCGGUGGCCACCAAGUCGCCGCCGGCGGGUGGCUGUCGCCGGAGGCUGGGGAUGACCGGCGAGCCGCACCGCCGGCGCCGGAGAAGAAACAGAUGGACAACAUGCCGGCGGUGGCAUCGCCGACGAUGAACAAGGACGAAGCAAGCGACGACUCCGGCGAGAGGAAGAAGAAGAAGAAGAAGGCAUCAUCAGCGGCAGGAAAAGCAAGCAGGCAUCGCCACGCUGCAGGAGCUCACAACCUUACAGAAAAAAGGCGGAGGUUCAAGAUAACUGAGAGGUUCAGGACGCUGCAACGUCUCGUCCCAGGAUGCGAUAAUAAGUCGAACCAGGCGUCAACGCUGGACCAGACAAUCCAGUACAUGAAGUCGCUGCAGCACCAGCUCGAGGCCACGUCCGCCGUCGGCUCGCCGGCGGCGGCGGUUCUGUACCCCGCCGCCGUGCACCCGCAGUCGUACAUGCAUCCACCGGCGCCGCCGCCACCGGUGGCCGGAGCGGCGGCGCCGGUCACGAUGGCGCCGAUGCCUGCCGGGAUGGUUCUUGCUGCUGCUCCUCCGGGGGCGGCGCCGCCGCCCGGCCCUCCGGCGACGAUGAUGCCGUUCGGAGCUAUGCUCCCUUACCCUCCCUACCCGGAGUACUUGCAAGUUGCAACUGCUGGAAUAGCUUACUUCAACGCCGGGGAGAAGAAGGUGGAGCGCGCUGUUCAUCAUUCCCUCGAGGUUGGGAUUGGAAUUCGGUGA